AUGAAAGCAGGUGGCACCGACUGGGAUUCCUAUGCCACCAGGACGAAGACGGAUUUCACCCGCAAGACAGGAGCAGUGCCCGCUUUGAUCCGUCAAAAAAGUAUCAGAAGAUUAGGAUAUGCAUAUGCACUUAGUGAUCCCAUUCUGAAUACACGAUACAGUGACGAGUACGUUUGGAAAUCAUAUUCUAAGGAAAAUACCAUAAAAAAUGGGUCUUCAAGAGGACUAAGGAGACACAAAAAAGGCUACAUUGAAUGGACACUACCUCCAGAGCAACCAAGUGAGACAAGAAGGGGCUGCGUUCCUUGGAAAAUUCCUGCUUCUAUGGAAGAAAUUAAGAAGGCCAUAGCAAAUCAGUUUGUUUCCCACACCAAGAGAGAUUUUGUGGAUCUAGACAAAGUUCAGGAGAUUAAGAACAGUUCUCCGGUGUGUUUGGACUGGAAAAAGUACCUUCCCCGGCCCCCAGACACUGAAUUUCGACGGAAUUACCAAAUUCCAGCUAAACUUCCUGAGUCGCAGGAUUUUAGCUUCCGAUAUGGAUGCUACUCCAACCUGUCAGCUGCUUCUAAAGGWCUAGUCCCUUCGGUGCUACACAGCUACAUGAGGACCCAAGAACGUACAAAGAAGCAGACCACUUACCAAAGCGACUACGGGAAGGACCGCCUGGACUUCUUAAUGAUCCUGAACUCCAUCACGCCCCGGCAAAUCAAUAACUACCUUAAGACUGUUUCUGACAAAGACAGAGAAAUUCUUGAUCACUUUCUCCAUUCUUACUGUGGCAUCAAGAAAGAAAUGAAAGAGGGAAAUUGCUCAGUGAUGAAAACCAGAAAAUCAGUGGAAGCGAUGGGGCCUACCUAG